AUGAAUUUCAAAGUGAGAGUAAUCGAUCUGGCCGGGUCUUGCUGUCGUCUAGGAGCACUGCAAUUUGGAACCAAGGUAGUUGAAACUCCUGGUUGUUUAAUUUAUAACCGUUCUGGUGUAGUUCCUCAUCUCACACCGGAUAUUUUGGAGACUUUGGACAACGUUCCACCUAUUAUGCAUACACCUCUGGCUUCGAUUAUUGAAGAACCUGGAUUAAUAAAAUUACGCGGAUAUGGCAAAGGUCUCGCUAGCUUCAUAGGAUACAAAGAUAACUCAGUUUACAUAUCAGCCUCCGAUUACCAGGGCGAGGCUAUGUACCAGUACAAUGAAAAUAAAUCAAUCUCCGUGUGGACAAAGACUGGUAGAACAAAGGUUACACCUGAUGAUUACUCAAAAUUUGUCGAAGUUUGCCGGCCUAGUUGGUAUCAAAGCUUAUGCGACACGGUGCCUGCUAAUGCAUCUAUUAAAAGAACGCGCAAAUCAGUUGAUAGAACUUUAGAAUUUUUAGAUCAGUGCCUUAAAUAUCGUGAGAAACAUGAUAGUUUGAAAACUAGUGAGUUAUGGGCUGCUGUUGAAGGAGGUGGACUAGUUGAUGAGAGACAACGAUCUGCUAAGGAAUCCGCAACCAGGCCUGUUUUCGGAUUCACUUUAGAAGGAUUUGGUAGCGAUCAAAUGAAUGUUGAAACUAUUUUUGAGCUUCUUCCGUUAACAACGCAAAACCUCCCAGUUGAAAAGCCAAGAUUAAUUCACGCGAUUGGUUCACCCACUAUCAAUUCUCUAAGUCGUUCAAGUAAGCUAACUGAAGUUGAAGAAGAAAACGGAAAUGAUUCCUCCAAUGAUCAAGAUCGUACUGCAACAUUUUCAUUGUUAAAUUUACGUGAAGAUAGAUAUAAUGAAGAUUUCUCACCAUUGGUUAGUGGUUGUAAAUGCUUCGUGUGUUCGAACCAUACAAGAGCCUAUAUUCACCAUCUAAUAAUUAAUAAUGAGAUGUUGGGCGGAGUCCUUCUCAUGACACAUAAUUUAUUUCAAUAUAUUGAAUUCUUUCGUUGUAUCCGGACAUCGCUCAAGAAUAAUAAAUGGAAAGAACUACGAAAAUUAUUUGAUGCUUGA